AUGAUGUUAAUAAGUCUGUUAUUUCUCUUUGCGUACUGGUUAGCAGCCGCCGUCGCGACUGCUGUGGCCCCAGUUGAAGCCGUGUGCUACUGUGGCUACAGGCGGUCGGGCAUGCUGUUGAUGCUGCGUUGUGCCUCGGACAGAACCAACCUCCCUGAAUCCGUCUUCCGCCCGAUCCAAUGCCACCGUGUCGGGAAUAUCGUGCGCAUCGGCGAAUCCGCCAGCCUGGUGAGUAUACGUGAAGAGACGGGCCUCCUGGGAAUGGCGAUCGAACCCUACGGCCUGAGCCAGCUGCAGGUUGGUGGCCGGGUCGUCAAACUCCAACUGAAUCUCCCCCUUCAAGCCAAACUGCUCGACUCUCUGGCCUUUGCCGGUCUUCCCGACUUGAAAACGCUCCACGCCUGGCGGGCACCGAUUGCUCUUGAGGCGUGCAGUCUGGCUGGGCUUAACCAGUUGGAGACGCUCGUGUUGAGUUGCGCCUCAACCUUCGAUCGCUUCCUCACCUUCGGGCCUUCAUUUACCAGCAUCCGACUGACCGGGUGCUUGGGCCGUCCGCUGCAAUUUGUGUGCAGUCAGUGUACCCAGCGACCGGAGAUCAGCGUUCUCCGGAUCCUGCCUGGUCCGCCGUCCCCGGGAGGGAUCGUGACCUUCGAAAGUUGGUGGAACUCCUCCCAGUCAAACAACUCCGUCUUCCUGGGUAGGUGUCGACCAGGGGUCUGUUCGGAUGACCACCUCUGCCGGCACAACUACCCCCUAAAACUGGCCCGCAGUUAUCCCCCUCGGCAACCCAUGGUGAUCGCCACCACCGCCCUGCCUCCCGUUUCGCCUCCCCCCAAAGACGGACGCCGAUUCAUGGUGGUGUUUCUGCCGAUUCUUUCGGUGAUUUUGAUAAUCUCGAUUGCGGCGUGCACGUUCAUGUCCUUGAGAAUCUCCAGGGCAAUUAGGAAGCAAACCUGGCGACAUGCAGGUCACCACCAAGUCCGAAUGGAGGCGAGCGCCCCCCCUGAUCCCAUCUGGUCCCCCGCUGUGCCUUUACACGACCUCGCGGCCAAGAACUGA